AUGCGGACCAGAUCGGCUGCCAAAAGUCAUGAUGACGACAACCCAAAGGCGAAGAGGAAGUUGCAAGACCUCAAGGAUAUCGACGAUCGGAAAGAUCGAGACAACAGAAUAACCGGCGGAAAUACCAAAAAACGAAAGGAGGCUCAUAAACCAUCGUCCAAAUCUUCUUCCAUUACAGAAGAGACCUUGGAUCCGGAGCGAGAAGCCCUUUCCCCUACUCAGAAACUCUCAACAAAAAAAUGGGAAGCAUGGUCACGACACGCACACGCAUCACCGUACCCGGACUUCCGGCGCCCUACCCCCGAAGACUGCCAAACCGCGUACGAAAUCCUGGAAGACCUCCACGGAGAUGUGGUCCGUGAAAACUUUGCCGAUCCAGACGCCCCGGCCCAAGAAUACCCCUACGUGAUGGACGCUUUGGUAGUGGCCGCACUCAGCCAGGCGACGAGCUGGGCAAACGCGAAACGCGCGAUGAAAAACAUGAAGGUCGUCUACGGAUCCACCUUCAACUACGACGCUAUUGUCAAGGGAGGCAUGGAGAAGCUUAUUGAUGCCCUCCGUCCCGGCGGGAUGCAGAAUCGGAAGGCCAAGAUCUUGAUGCAGUUGUUGAACGACGUGAAAGCCCGCCACGGCAAAUGGGACCUUCAAUAUUUGUUCAACGCGAGCGACGACGAUGUGGUCAAAGAAGUUGUCAGCUAUUGGGGCCUCGGUCCAAAAUGCGCUUUCUGUCUCCUGAGCAUAUGUCUCAAGAGGGACGCAUUCGCGGUGGAUACACACAUCUACCGCAUUACAGGGCUCUGGGGCUGGCGACCAGCUGAUGCUUCAAAGGAGAUGGCCCAGGCUCAUUUGGACGCGCGUAUACCCAAUGAGCUCAAGUUUGCAUUGCAUUAUCAGUUCAUAGUGCAUGGCCGAGAGUGUCCUGCAUGCCGUGGGAACGGUGAUAAGAGGGCGGCAUGUGAAUACAAGACCGCGCUGGCACAGAGAAACGCAGAAAUAGCAGUACAGAGUUGCGCAAAAUAG